GAGACGGUGGCCUUUUGAGCAUUUCGAGGCCCUUCUGCCUGUGGGUGUGAAUGAAGCAGAUGAAGGUGCUGUGCUGGUGCCUCUGAAGGCACGUUCUCGAGAUGCAGAAAUGAUUCCUCAACUUAACGUCGCCUGAGAAAACGACCCAGAGCAGGUGGAGGAAGAACAAAAUGGCUGCUUCUCAGGAUAUGUUGACCUUCAGGGAUGUGUUCAUAGAAUUCUCUCAGGAGGAGUGGGAGUGCCUGGACCCAGCUCAGCGAAAACUGUACAUGGAUGUGAUGUUGGAGAGCUAUAGGAACCUGGUCUCCCUGGGACGUUUAGUCUUUAAACAAGACGUGGUCACCUUUUUAGAGGAAAUGAAGAAGCCCUGGAAUUUGAAGAGAAAAAAGACAAUAUCCAUCCACCCAGCUGUAUCUUCUCAAGAAACCCAAGAUUUGUUGCCACAGCCAGGUAUAGAAGAGUCAUUCCACAAAAUGCUCCUGAGUACAUAUAAUGGAGAGUUAAGUUUUCAGUGCCCUGAAUCUUGGGAAAACGUUAACCACAGGUCAAAUCCUGAUAACCAUCAUAGAACUCAGCUUCCACAGAACCAUUAUAAAUGCCAGACAGUCUUUAAUGAAAGCUCAAAUAUUAUAUAUCAGAAUGUUGAAACUGUAGAGAUGACAGACAAAUGCAGUGAACCGACCAAAUCUUUGAACCGAACUUUAAAUCUUCAGAAUAGUCAUACUGGGGAAGAACCUUAUAAAUAUAAUAAGUGUGGAAGAGUCUUGAGUCAAUUAUCCAACCGACAUACCCAUAAGAGAAUUCAUACUGGUGAGAAACCUUACAAGUGUAUGGAGUGUGGUAAAGCCUUUAGCCUGUAUUCAAGUGUUACUUCACAUCAGAGAAUUCAAACUGGAGAGAAGGCUUACGAAUGUAGAGAAUGUUCCAAAGCCUUUAAGUGGUACAGAAGUGUUACUGAACAUCAGAGAAUUCAUACUGGAGAGAAUCCUUACAAAUGUAGAGAAUGUGGCAAAGCCUUUAAGCAGCAUUCCCAUCUUAUUCGACAUCAGAGAAUUCAUACUGGAAAGAAGCCUUACAAAUUUAGAGAACGUGCCAAAGCCUUUAAGUGGCAUUCAUAUCUUUCUCAACAUCAGAGAAUUCAUACUGGAGAGAAGCCUUACAAAUGUAGAGAAUGUGGCAAAGCCUUUAAGUGGCAUUCACAUCUUUCUCAACAUCAGAGAAUUCAUACUGGAGAGAAGCCUUACAAAUGUAGAGAAUGUGGCAAAGCCUUUAAGUGGCAUUCAUAUCUUUCUCAACAUCAGAGAAUUCAUACUGGAGAGAAGCCUUACAAAUGUAGAGAAUGUGGCAAAGCCUUUAAGCGGCAUUCCAAUCUUACUCGACAUCAGAGAAUUCAUACUGGAGAGAAGCCUUACAAAUGUAGAGAAUGUGGCAAAGCCUUUAGGCAGCAUUCCCAUCUUAUUCGACAUCAGGGAAUUCAUACUGGAGAGAAGCCUUACAGGUGCAUGGAGUGUGGUAAAGCCUAUAAUCGGCAUUCAUAUCUUACUGUACAUCAGAGAAUUCAUACUGGAGAGAAGCCUUACAAAUGUAGAGAAUGUGGCAAAGCCUAUAGUCGGCAUUCAUAUCUUACUGUACAUCAGAGAAUUCAUACUGGAGAGAAGCCUUACAAAUGUAGAGAAUGUGGCAAAGCCUUUAAGUGGUAUUCAUAUCUUUCUCAACAUCAGAGAAUUCAUACUGGAGAGAAGCCUUACAAAUGUAGAGAAUGUGGCAAAGCCUUUAAGUGGUAUUCAUAUCUUUCUCAACAUCAGAGAAUUCAUACUGGAGAGAAGCCUUACAAAUGUAGAGAAUGUGGCAAAGCCUUUAAGCGGCAUUCCAAUCUUACUCGACAUCAGAGAAUUCAUACUGGAGAGAAGCCUUACAAAUGUAGAGAAUGUGGCAAAGCCUUUAAGCAGCAUUCCAAUCUUUCUCAACAUCAGAGAAUUCAUACUGGAGAGAAGCCUUGUAAAUAUAGAGAAUGUGACAAAGCCUUUAGCGCGAACUCAAAAGUUACUCAACAUCAAUAGAUUUCAAAAUGGUUAGAAACUUACAGAUAAACUUACAGAAUAUGGUUAAGCCUUUAACGUGUAUUAAAGCCUUACUUUACAUCAGGAAGUUCAUACCAGAGAGAAGCCUUAUAAAUGAAGAGAGUGUGGCAAACCUUUGAAACAGUGCUUAAAAUUUAUUCAACAUCAGAGACUUCAUACUGGUGUGAAGAGUUACAGACGUAGACAGUGUGGCAAAGUCUUUACCCAGUGUUCAAUCUUUACUACUCAACAUCAGAGAAUUCAUACAGGAGAGAAGCCUAUUAAAUGCACCUAAUAUUUCAAAGCCUAUAAUCAGCAUUCAUAUCUUACUUUACAUUAGUCAAUUCAAACUGGAGAGAAACCUUACCUAUGAAGAUACUAUGGCCAAACCUUUAGUCUCAAGCCUUACUCAAAUAUGGUAAUGUAUUCUAGAGACAAACAAUAAUGAUAUAAAGAAUGUGGCAAACAGUAAUGCUUAAGUCACAUUAAAUAUGAGAGAAUUCAUACAAGAGAAAAGCCUUACAAAUAUAGAGAAAAGGGCAAAUACUUUACCCAGAGCUGAAUUUCAGAGAAUUCAUGUUGGAGAAAAACAAUACAAUAUAAGUAAUGUUGCAAAUCCUUUAAUUAUUGCUGAGGCAUCACUCAAUGUCAAAGAGUUCAUGCUGAAGGGAAGCCUUGCAAUGUAAAGAAUUUGUCAAAGCUGAUAUUCAGUAUUUGCCUCUUAAUUGGCAGAUAAGAAUUCAUAGUGGCUAAAACCUUAAAACUAAAGAAUGUGGCAAACACUGGAGCUGGACAUACAGCCUUAUGCAACAUCAGAGAAGGCAUACUGGAGAGUCAUUGUAUAUUUGUAACAAAUGUUGAAACACCUUUCAACAAAAUAAGCAUUUCCAGAAUCCCCACAGAAUUCAUGCAUGAAAGUGACUUUAAAGAUGUAAAAAUAUGUGGAAGUAUACAAGGUCGUACUAUUAAGUUUGUGAGCUCAUCUUAGAAAAAGUGCUACAUUCGUCAUUGCUGAAUAUUACUAUGGUCACCUUUGAA